UGGUUUCUGGACCAUCCGGAUCUGGUAAAUCUACGCUGUUAAAACGUCUUUUUCAAGACUAUCCAAAUAGAUUCGGAUUUAGUGUAUCACAUACCACACGCUCACCUCGUCCUAAUGAACAAAAUGGUGUCCACUAUCACUUUGUAUCACGCGAAGAAUUUGAAAAACUUAUCACUCAAAAUAAAUUUAUAGAAUACACUGAAUUUUCGAAUAACUUGUACGGAACAAGCAUCGAUGCAGUGCGCGCUGUCGCAGAUGAAGGAAAAUGUUGUAUUCUUGACAUAGAAUUGCAGGGCGUUAAAUCUGUAAAAAAAACAAAUCUUAAUGCACGUUUCCUGUUCGUCGCACCGCCAUCACUCCAGGUCCUCGAAGAACGUUUACGUAAUCGUGGUACUGAGUCUGAAGAUGCGAUGCAAGCUCGUCUUAAAGCUGCAAAAGAAGAAUUGGCUUACGCUGCAGAAGAGGGCUCUCACGAUAAAGUUAUUGUAAAUGAUGAUUUAGACACAGCAUAUGAACAGUUUCGAAAAUUCAUUGUUGAUUGCAAUUGA